UUUCUUCAGGUACAUCUUGUUACAUUUGGAUGUUUGUUUCUACAGGGUACAUAUAUUUAUUUAUUAUAGCCAACUACCAAAACGGGGAAGCAGGCGCAGAGCCAUAGUUCUUCAUCUGGCCUUUUCUAGGGCUGGGUCGCAGGGGGAUGUAUUCAUCGCCAGUGUCCUCGACUGUAUCAUCGGGCUCGAAACUUCCGUUGACCAUGAAAUCCUCCCCGAGCUCUAAAUCCUCGUGGGCCCAUUGCACGAGCUUUCCUUGGCCGGUGCGGCGCAAGGAGUGAGGUAUUGUGAUGGAAGGAAUUUCGAAGACGCGUAAGCGGUCGAUGAGCGGACUGACUCGGUUCUGAAUCACAGAAACAGAGAUCCCAUGCCCGCGAUAGGAUAUUACAGUGCACAAGACAACCACGGCGCUACAAGUUUUCUAUUAGAACAUAGAGUCGCGGAUCAUUGGAUUCUGCUUACGAUAUGACAAUGAAAGCGAGGACA